AUGUUUUAUUUUUUAGCUCUAUCAUACAAUCAGCCAUAUUUAUGUCCUAACGCGACUUGGAACACGAAUGCUACCACUUUUGCAAAUAUCAGUACCGUUGGCCUAUAUCCAUAUGCUAGUUUUGUCACUACUAAUGAUACUGUGGUCGUCGUCAAUCGACAGUCUCCUUCAACUUUUAUUUGGCUCAAUGGCAGUGUUAAUCCAACAAUUACUCUUCCCACAAGUCUCAAUGAUAGUUGGAGCGUAUUUGUAACGGACACGAAUGACAUAUACAUAGAUACAAAAGAAAAUUCUUCCAGUUACCGAGUAAAAAAAUGGACUUUUAAUGGAACAGAAUCACCUUCCGAUAUCGUCGUAUCUAAGCAAUGUGGUGGCCUCUUUGUCGACAUCAUUAAUACUCUCUACUGUUCUGUGUAUGGUUCGCAUAAAGUUAUCAGUCAAUCAUUAAAUAAUUUUAUAAGCAAUUCCGAUACUGUCGCAGGUAAUGGAACAGGCGGAUCUACGUCUAUCCAACUUAAAAAUCCUAGUGGUGUGUUUGUGACAACCAAUUUUCAAUUAUAUGUAGCUGAUUAUUCCAAUAAUAGAAUUCAACUGUUUCAACUAGGAAACCCGAUCGGAACAACAGUGCCUAUCAAUGGAUCGGCUGGGCCCAUCACUCUUGGUAAUCCAACAGGAGUUACGAUGGACGCCGAUGGUAAUCUUUUUAUUCUCGAGUACACUAACAGUCGCGUCAUUGGUUCAAGUGCAAACAUUUUCCGAUGUGUAGCAGGCUGUUCAGGAUCAAGCGGAUCAGCACCAGAUCAGUUAAAUUUACCGUGGUCGUUUAGUUUCGACAGAGCUGGAAACAUUUUUGUAUUAGAUAACAAAAAUAGUCGGAUGCAGAAGUUCCUGUUGUCAUCAAAUGUAUGUGAUAAGCCUACAACAACUCACACUUUAACGUCAACAGACUCGCCUACUUCUACACAGUCACCAACGUCGACACAAACACUAAGCACAACGGAAUCGCCGACAUCCACCCAUGCACCAACCACUUCAACAGAGUCGCCAACGUCGACCCAUGCACCAACCACUUCAACAGAGUCGCCAACGUCGACCCAUGCACCAACCACUUCAACAGAGUGGCCGACAUCGACCCAUGCAGCAACCACUUCAACAGAGUCGCCAACGUCGACCCAUGCACCAACCACUUCAACAGAGUGGCCGACAUCGACUCAAGCGCCAACCACUUCAACAGAGUCACCGACGUCGACACAACUGGAGACAUCGACACAAACACCAACAACGACAUACCCGUCUACUUCUACACAGUUAUCAACCUCAACAGAUCCACUUACUUUAACACAGCUACUAUCAUCAUCACUGGAAACAACAACAUCAGACGGACAGGCAACCUCAACACAACAAGAGGUAUCAACUGAACAAUUAUCAUCAUCGAGUCAGUCGAGUUCAACAGAACAACAAUCGCUCCCAGUGUUGACGUCUAUAUCAAUAACGAAUCAAUUGAAUUCAUCCGAGAUUUUAAUCAUAUCAGCAUGUGCUAAUCAAUAUUGGACUGGUAUUUAUUGUAACAUUUCUAAUCGACCGUGUGACACAGUCAAUCCAUGUCAAAAUAAUGGCAGCUGCUUAAACAGCAAUACUACUAUUGAUGAAUAUUUCUGUCAAUGUCCAGAAGGGUUUGACGGUUCAGAAUGUCAAAAUGAUCGACGACUAUGCAAACCAAACAUAUGCUUAAACAAUGGUCAAUGUAAUGAGACAUCCAACGAAACAUUCGAAUGUUUAUGUCUAUACGGUUGGACGAAUGCUCAUUGUGAAAAUAAGAUUAACUAUUGCACAAAUAACACGUGUGAGAAUGGUGGCGUUUGUCGACCGUUAUUUCUAAACUAUACAUGUGAAUGUCUUGGAACAAGUUAUUCAGGUCGUUAUUGUCAAGUCGUCGAUGGAAAAAUGGUUUUCCGUCAGAUGACUGCCAGAUCGCUCGGUUACGUUGCCAUCAUAUUUCUAAUUGGUGCAGUGAUGUUUUUCAUUAUCAUGGACAUUUUGAAAUAUCUUUUUGGAAUUGAUGUAACGAAAAAUGAAUUGAUCGAAGCGAAGAAAACAAAUGAAACUAAACGUAGAUCACCUCGCCGAAAGCAUCGAGUGUUCCAAAAAUUUGAAUAUGUUAAUCCUACAACAGUUCUGGAAGAAUAA